CACGGCGUCAUGAAAUUCUGCUUCGCUUUCGACACACGCGCGUUCGUUUUACAACGCUUCGACUAUCGUUUUUAAACUAUUGCGGUAAAAAUUCGAAAAAUUAGUGCCUAUUGUGUUUUUAACGAAGUUUCAACGUUUUGACAGUUCCAAAGUUUAUCAUGUUCAACCACGGCGGGUCAUACGCUUGUGGCACGAGUAGCAGCUUCAAAUCGAAGAGAGAUGCAAAGCCAAAUAUAAAUAAACAGAGUGUGAAGCAGAAGCGAGGUAUGUGGAGCGGGGGUGGUCAGUGCGUGCACGCGACGCUGCCGCGCGGCGGGCGAGCGCAGCCCGCCCCUACGCUCAGCGGCGCCAUCGCAAGCCGGCGGCCACCCAGGCCGACCCCUCCAUCGCCGACGUUGGUAGCGCAGAUCGAUUCUUCAGUAGCGUGUCUUUGGCUGCUCACCCCGUUGUCGGCAGGCACCGCGGUAGUCGCUGUCUUAGUUGCUGUCACUACGAACAACUGGCUGCAUACUCAAGAGAAUAUGCUCAAUCCAUCGUUCAAUGGCACAGGAAAACACGACUUAGUAGCCAAACACACUGUGUCGGGACUUUGGAGGAUAUGUCAUACCGAACCUGGUAGCACAAUAUUUCGUUGCUGGGACAUCCCUUACUUCCCACUGUCACAAUAUGCGCCUGACCCUAGCGAUUCUACAAAUGCCAUACCAUAUGUGGUAACGCGGUCUGCCGCCCCUCUAUUGCUGGCUGUCUUCACUCAAGCUGUAGGAGCGCUGUGCUGUGUGGUCGGCCAUUGUGUAAAAGGUCGAAGAUUGUGUACUUUCAUCGCGGGAGUUCUAUUUAUUAUUUCAGGUCUCAUCAUGCUGACCGGGAUAGUCAUGUACAUAUCUGUAUUCAAGUCGCAAGUUGGACACAAGCUUCGCUACAUGACAUUCUUCGACACACCCCGAAUGUCAUACAGCUACGGAUACUCGUUCGGUUUGUACGUGAGUGGCUUUGUGGCCGUCGAACUCGCAGGCACCUCUGCUAUAUUUCUCUUUCUACAAUGGUAUCAAAAAGACUGGAUAACAGAGCUGACCGAGAAAGCUAAAGCCGACUGCCGCGCUUGGGAUCGCGAAUAUGCAUUUUCAGAGUUCAGAGAACGAGAUUCUACGCUGCUGGAACGGCGAAUGAUGAAGAGAGACACCUAUCCUCCCACAGGGUCAUCGGCCGCUACGCCACAUGAAACGCGCCGAUUCGCGUACGAAGGCGACGAGGUCCCGCACUGUUCAAUACAUAAAAACAGAAGAAUAAAUCUAAGUUCAGCAUCAUUAAAAGACUUGUCGUCCUCUACACUGUACGGGUUCCCGGCAGCGCCGCGGCCGACGGCGUGUGAUAAUUAUUUUGAAGAAUUUAAAGAAGUUCCUCAAAGUGCGAAUACACUUAGUGGUCUUAGAAGCGCUUCAAUAUUCCAGUCGCAAGCGUCGGUGGCUAGCGCGAGGUUUCUGGACUCGUCUGCUGUGGAGCCGCCGCCGUCGCGUGAAGAAGAGCUGGUGACUUUCGGGGCAGGAGCGCGAGGCGGUGGUGAUGAGCAUCCCCCGCGACACGACCGCGCCGUGGGCACAGACCCUUACCGCCGCACCACGCCCGUCUGAUCCAAGACGCCGGGUCCCCCGCCCUCAUCAAAGCAUAUCGACAAGUGAUAGUGACAUGCUCCUACCUAAGUAUGUGUAAUCGUACGUAGGAAACGGACGUAUUCAAGUGACAUUCGAAUUUAAGAAACGUAGGUACCUACAUAGAUAGGUAUGACUUAUGUUAUUGAAUUUUUAAUUGUUAUUAAAUUUCUUUGAAUAUUAAACACUGCCAUUUGUGUAAA